AGAAAUGUUUGGAAAUCGCAUCCGAAGUUCCCUAAUUCCGUUCCUGCGUCGUCAAGCACAAUCUUCCAAUUCGGUCAGAAUGUGCUAUGAUGUGAGAAACAAGAUAAGCGGAGCCUAUAAUCCAGUGCUUAAGAGAGAUGGACCAUCCAUAGUGAAGAAUGGGUUCCCAGCAUUUUUCACUAGACCAACUUUUGAAGAGCAAAUCAAAGCAGAAAGAACACUCAACGAUACGGAGCUUGGAGUGAUUCCAACAAAGCUACAAAGAAAGCUUCUUAUUUUGAUGAGAGUCUAUGACACCCAAGCCGACAUUCCACCUUAUGUGCCGCACGGCACCAUGAAUCGCAUGCACAGUCGACUUCGUCUCUUCACAAUAUUCCUUCCUGUCACCUUCCUUAUGGCUUUUGCAUUCCGUUACAGGGAAAAAUUUCAUUGACCUCAAUUUUUGGAAGUUUUAUUAGAGUUUAGAGGCUUUGAGUUUGUUUCGUUUUGUUUAUUGAUUUUAAGGCUCGUCUUUGGGAAUGUUUCCGGUGUACUAAGAUGUUGUGAUGUUUUAUUUUAUUCAUCGGUUCAAUAAAG